UACAGUAAUAACGUUUCUGAAUACUUUUUCCGUCGUCUUGACUACUUGCCAUUGAGUACACUGCUGGCUAGUCACUCUUUUCACAUAACCAGAAAGACUAUUCCUGGCUAUGCGACGAGUUUUCUUGCUAUACGUAUGAGAAGGGACGCCGGCACCUGUGGAAGAAACUAUCAUCAGUAUGGAAGAAGAAACGGACGGUUCGCUAGUAGAAGACGGCAUCAACCAAGUUCUGUCCCUCAGCUCAACAUCUCGCGAUCUGCAGACGGCAUAUUUCAUCAUCAGCCUGGUGUUGUCGGUGGGAUGCGGCCUGCUGCUCAUCUUCCUGGUUUGGAAGAAAGAGUAUCUGCAAAAGCCCAGCCACUACCUACGGUGUAACCUGGUGGUAGACGACAUCGUCUUCACCGGUUGCCUGAUUCCCGUGCGCGUCUACGCACUUUUCCGGCAGGAUGUCAGCGGGCAGCACCUAUGGUGCUCAGCAAGAGCGCUGGUCGCACCCGCGUGUGGGAUGUCCAUGCUUGGUACCUACCUCAUGGUGGCGAUAGACCUGUACUACUUCGUGUGCGAUCCCCUGCACUACCAUGACAAAGUCACCACCAAACGUGUGCUUGUAGGCAUCUUCACGACCAGGGCAUUGUCAUUGUUCUUCGGAUUCGCACUGGCCCCGAUGGCUUUCGGCGGACCGCCCAAAUACGGCGUGAUUUGCGACUACGGUCUUGGGAACAGUUUCUCCUUUCAUGACAUUUUCAAAAACACUUACUUGAUCAUUCUAGUACUCACUGCACUCUCAAUCCCAGUACUCUACUGUCGUGUUUUUAAGGAGGCCAGGAGACAACAGGAAAGGGACGAGAACCGGCAUCUGUGGGUGUUCCAGACUAAGGCGUUUAAAACCAUGGUGCCGCACGCUACCGUGUUGACUGUGACAGUGGCCACUAGCGUUUUCCAGGUGGCCACGUUACGCGCUUUGACCAGUAAGGAACAAAUGCCACCACGCGCCCUGGUUGUCGCCGAAAGCGUGGUCAUCCUGAUGUUCCUGACGCUAUCGUCCAUGGCCAACCCUGUCGUCUACAGCUUCCGGCUACCGGAGUUCCGUCGAGCAUUUCGAGAGCUGUGCGGGAGGCCCAACAACCAGCUACCGGCUGCUGUCACUGGUACUGGGCAGGGACGGUUGGGACGGAGGCAGCAGGAUAGGGUAGAGAUGACUGCGAUCACCGGUACUAGCCAAGGUGGGCCGCCAAUUGCAGGGCAGCAACAUCAGGAUAGCGCAGGGAUGGUGGAUAUCACCGGUUCUGGGCAAGUAGCGUCGGCACGGCAGCAGCAACAUAGCGUAAGGCUGGAUACUAUCACUGGUGUUCCUGGGCAAGUGGAGUCGGCACAGAGGCAUCAGGAUAGUUCAGCCUUAGAGAUGUUAGCUGUCACAGGGUCUGGGCAAGGUGCGUCGGCCACAGUAUCAACACCAGCUCAAAUGUCUACAGAAGGCCUGAAGACGACAGCAGAAGACGACCAGGCACACAACAAGCAGACAAGAAAGGUAGACAUGAGCGCAGGAACAGAGUCUUGUGCGACCACUUCAGAGCUUUCGGCUGCGCGUCGGAAGUUGGCAUGGCAGGAAAGUGCAAUCAAGUCAGGCAACAAACUUUGA